UUGACCUGCUGAGUGGACUAAAGAUGGGGGAGCAAGGUGGCUGGCCGGAGGUUAACAGAGGAGACUGGGUGGCCAUCUUGGAUCCCCAGACUGGUGCAGCCAAGGGCCCAGGGGACGACAUCACCGAGAUGGAGAGCCAUCAGAGGAUGCACACGGGGGAGAAACCAUUCGGCUGCCACCUGUGUGAGAAGAGGUUCUCCCACCAGCACCACCUGAAGAGGCACCAGAGGGUCCACACAGGAGAGAAACCCUACAGCUGCCCCCUGUGUGAGAAGCGGUUCUCCCACCAGCACCAUCUGAAGACGCACCUGAAGGUCCACACGGGAGAGAGGCCAUUCACCUGUACGCACUGCGGGAAGAGGUUCUCAGAAAGGAGCUAUCUCAGGAUACACCAGCAGAAAAUGCACUCAGCCCAUGUAUAGAGUAUAGUGACAUGUAAUGUAGUACUAGUUAGCUUGUUUGUAGUUAAUUCUGUUGGUUUUGGAUGUAGUAGGGAACUGGAUGAGGUGAACUGAGGAAAGAAUGAGUAUGAUGAGGUAGAGUAGAUGAUAUGGUGAUGGUUGGUGUGAUGGUGUCUGUAGAAAUGCUGAUGAAAAGUGACAACCUUGUCCUGUUGUUUGAUGCUGGUGUUUUAUAAUGGGGAAAUGAUAGUGCCUUAAGUCAUGUUUACUUGACAUGAAGUGGUGAAGCUGUCUGUAAUGUUAUUUUGAACCUUUUCCAAGGGAUUCUAAAAUUCAUUUGAUCAAAGCGAGGGUACCAGAUAAAAGUUAUUCUACUUGUCACAUGUAUAAUUGUGUGCAAUAAAAGUACUGUACUUCA